AUGACCGACCGCAAACCCAAAACUUCUGAAUUCCAUCGCGCUGACGAACGCCGCUUUCUCGACGAGCGCGGCUCCUCGGGUCCCCUAGCCCCCAACGGCCUCAACCCAGCCACCAUCCUCGAAAAAGCCGUCCGCGAGCGCAUAGUCGAUUCCUACUUUUACAAAGAGCAAUGUUACGCCAUCAACGAAGCGGACAUUGUUGACAGGGUAGUUGAGCACGUCGACCACAUCGGCGGCGUAACCGGGACGGUCCAAAAGCCCACGCCGUUCCUCUGCCUUGCCUUUAAACUCCUGCAGCUUGCACCAAACGAUGAUAUCUUGAACGAGUAUCUCAAUUUCGGGGGUGAGAAGUUCAAGUAUCUGAGGGCGUUGGCGGUGUUUUAUAUUAGGUUGACGAGGCAGGACAAGGAUGUUUAUACGAGGCUGGAGCCGUUCUUGGAGGACAGGAGGAAGUUGAGGAGGAAGGGGAGGAACGGGGUUAGUUUGACGUUCAUGGAUGAGUUUGUGGAUGAUUUGCUGGUCAAGGACAGGGUGUGUGCGACGAGUUUGUGGAAGAUGAGGAGGAGGGAUGUGUUGGAGGAUUUGGAGCUGUUAGAGCCGAGGGUUAGUCCGUUGGGGAGUUUGGAGGAUUUGCUUGAGGAGGAGGAGGAGGAUGAGGAGAUGAAGGAUGGGGGAGAGGAUAAAAAUGGGAGGGAUGGGAGUGGGGGUGAGAGGUCGAGGUCGAGGUCAUAUUCGAGGUCGAGAUCAGCGGACAGGCGGGAUUCAAGGUCGAGGUCAUAUUCGAGGUCUAGGUCGAGAACGAGAUCGAGAUCGAGAUCAAGGUCAAGGUCAAGGUCAAGGUCAAGGUCAAGGUCAAGGUCAAGGUCAAGGUCAAGGUCUAGGUCUGGGAGGUAUAGGUCACGGUCCAGGUCGGGAUCGAGGCACAGGUCGCCAUCACGCUCGAGGUCGAGGGGAGAGCGGUCAGAUCACGACAGGAUGGAUAUUGAUAGGUCUGACAAGGACCGUGAGGAGGGCGAGGCAAGUCCUUGA